AUGCCCAUCUUCGCAACAAGCCAGGAAUGGCUUCAUCAGUCACAGCUCCUCCUUGAGGCCCGUCCAGCAACGACGAGGAUAACAACGCGCUACUCGAUCCGCAAGGCUGAGCAGAAACCGCACAAAGACGGCGAGGCCCUGCCGGACGCAAAGCCGCCGCGGGCCAGGCUCGUUCUCAAGACUUAUGACGAUGCCAGCGGCGCGUGCCUCAAAUACCGCACCAGCAAGGCCGCCGAGGUCUCGCGCCUGAUUCAGAUGUUGGGGAGCCUGGGGAGAAGACAGGCCGCCCUCCCGCCCAGGGACGAUGGGCUGCUCGAGCCUGCAGGUGGCGCAGCGCCGACGCCGAUGGAGUCCGAAGCGGCGGUGGGUGCUGCUACGACAACGCCCCAGCAACAACCGGCGCAACAGCAAGGAGGUGGAGGGGGCGCGAAGGGUAAGAAGAAAAAGGGCAAACGAUGA